AUGAUGUUUGCUACAGUCCGCAAACAACUGAGGAAUCACCCUGCUCUGAUUCCACUUUUCUUCUUCAUUGGCGGUGGCACAGUCAUGUCCCUAAUGUAUCUGGGUCGUCUGGCUCUCAAGAAUCCAGAUGUUUGCUGGGAUCGCAAGAACAACCCUGAGCCCUGGAACAAGAUGGCCCCGACUGAUCAGUACAAGUUCUUCACAGUGAACAUGGACUACAGCAAACUGAAGAAGGAGGGGCCUGACUUCUAA